UCUUUUACGUUUUUUAAAAGUAAGUAAUUGCAAAUAUAUUUUUAGAAAUAUAAUAACAAUGAAUACGAGCAUAAAACGUCAAAAGGAAACAUUUCUCAACCCUGGUAACGGAAUAUUUUUAGAAGAAACUUAUAAUUCGUGGUUAAGAGACCCUCAGUCUGUUGAAAAAUCCUGGGACAAUUAUUUCCGAUCUAAUAAUUUUUCAGGCCAAAAGCCCUUAGAUAUUGAUGCAACGAUUCGCGCUUAUCAGGCGAGAGGACAUUUAAUAGCAGACAUAGAUCCGCUGGGAAUCCAGAACCCUGAAGUGGCCAAGCUCCAAGGAACUCCAGAUCCCGCGCCAGCAGUAGUGGUCCGAAGACACCUGGAAAGCGUCACCGAGGCUGACUUCGAGAAGAAAUACACGCUCCCAAGCUCCCUGACGGUGAUUGGUGGCACGGAAAAAUCUCUGAGUCUCAGGGAAAUCCUCACCAGGCUCAACAAAAUUUACUGCGGACAUCUAGGACUCGAGUACACGUACAUCCCAGAUUUCGAAGUGUUGGACUGGUUAAGACACAAAUUUGAAGUACCAGGUGCAUGGGAGCUCUCAGGAGAUCAUCGUAAAUAUAUUUGGCAGAAUGUAAUGCGAGCGGUAACAUUUGAAAGUUUUUUAGCUAAAAAAUAUGGAGCCGAAAAGCGAUUCGGGCUGGAGGGAUGCGAGUCAUUUGUUCCGGCGAUUGUCCAGUGUUUUGAGAGCUCUGCAGAACAUGGAGUCGAGGCAGCUGUCAUUGGAAUGGCCCAUCGAGGGAGGCUCAACACCCUGGUCAACAUUUGCUCCAAGCCGAUGCACCAGCUCUUUGUCCAGUUCAAUCCGAUUCCGAUGGAGGGUCUAGGCUCGGGAGAUGUCAAGUAUCAUUUGGGAAAUCACUCUGAAAGACUUCUCGAGAGAAGCGGAAAAAAAAUUCGUGUUGCUGUACUAGGUAACCCUUCGCAUCUGGAAGCAGUUUCUCCAUUGGUUGUAGGUCGAGUUAGAGCCGAGCAGAUGGUCCACCAGGAUUUCGAAGGAAAAAAAUCAAUGGCUGUUUUAGUUCACGGAGACGCGGCUUUUGCGGGGCAAGGAAUUUGUUAUGAAACAAUGCACUUGACUAAUUUGCCUGAUUAUACCACAGGAGGAGUUAUUCAUGCUGUUAUUAACAACCAAAUUGGCUUUACGACUGAUCCGCGGUACUCUCGCUCAAGUACGCAUUGUACUGACGUCGCACGUGUCGUAAAUGCUCCGAUUUUCCACGUCCACGCAGACGAUCCUGAUUUGGUGGCUUACUGCAGUAAAGUCGCCGCCGAGUAUCGAGCGACUUAUCACAAUGAUGUCGUACUUGACAUUGUCGGGUACCGCAGGAACGGUCACAAUGAAAUGGACGAGCCUAUGUUGACCCAGCCAUUAAUGUACAAGCGCAUUAAAUCCCAUCCUAAUGUUCUGAAAAUUUAUUCUGAUAAAUUAUUAAAAGAGGGAAUCAUCCACGAAGAUUUUAUCAAAAAAGAAACGAAUGAAUAUCUAGAGCACUGUGAAUUAGAGUUCAAAAAAGCGCAAACGAUAAGCGCGAUGCAGAUGUCAGACUGGCAUGACGUGCCGUGGAGCGAAUUUUUCGCCAACCAAAACCCGAUGAAAAAAAUUCCACCGACAGGAAUCAGCACUGCUGACAUAAAGAAAAUAGUCACUGCUUUUUCAACUAGCCCAGAAGACAUCGAACCACACGCUCAGGUGUUUCGGGUUUUAGAGAGAAGAGAGAAGCUGAUUGACCAGGAAAGGUUCGACUGGGCGAUGGGAGAAGCCCUGGCUAUCGCCAGCUUACUAAAAGAAGGCUGCCAUGUGAGAUUGUCCGGUCAAGACGUCGAACGCGGGACUUUUUCUCACCGGAUCCACAUUAUUCAUGACCAGAGCCGAGACAAGACAUGGAAAAAUAUUCUACAUGAUAUUUUCCCGAAUCAGGCUCUCUAUACCGUUACCAAUUCACCGUUAUCAGAGUUUGGAGUUUUAGGCUUUGAAUUGGGCUAUUCAGCUUAUGAUCACAAUACAUUGACUCUCUGGGAAGCGCAAUUUGGCGAUUUUGCGAAUAAUUGCCAAGUAGUAAUAGAUUCACUGCUGAGUUCCGGACAGUCAAAAUGGGGCCGGCAAGUAGGUCUAGUACUUUUAUUACCGCAUGGAAUGGAAGGCCAAGGACCCGAGCAUUCCUCAGCACGGUUAGAACGAUUUCUUCAGCUAUGCGACGACAGUACUCAAGUGUCUUGUGAAGAAGACUUGGACGCACCGCGAGAUGAGUCUCCGGAUUGCGUAAUGACCCGCCAACUUUUUGAGGUCAAUUGGAUUGUUUGUAACAUCACAACUCCCGCCAAUUUAGUUCAUGUUCUUCGCCGGCAAAUUCUUAUGCCUUUUCGCAAGCCCUUGAUAAUAAUGACGCCAAAAUCUUUGUUACGACACCCAGACGCGCAGUCGAGUUUUACCGAAAUCACAACGGGAACAUCUUUGAAGCCGAUUUACGAAGAUCAGUCACCAGCAAUAAUAGCGUCGCCGGAGGCGGUGAAAAAAAUAAUUAUUUGCAGCGGUAAAGUUUACUACGAUCUUGUUGCCGCGAGAAGAGAAAGAAAACUCGAUGAAUUAAUAGCAAUUGUCAGGAUUGAGCAGAUAUGUCCCUUCCCAUAUCACUUGUUGGCCAAGGAAAUUUCAAGGUUUCCUAUUGCCAAGAUAACUUGGGUGCAAGAAGAACACCAAAAUCAAGGUGCGUAUUACUACGUUCGCGAUCGCAUAGCACUAGCUCUGGGAUUACCCAUCGAAGAGAUAAGAUACUGCGGACGUGCAGCAUCAGCAGCCCCGGCCACGGGCAGUAAAAUGAUUCACCAAGAAGAAUUGCUCGCUUUCAUCGACACCGCCAUGGCUAUCGAAUGAUCUGAUGAUCUCACCUUAUACUUAUAUACACAAUUUAAUCGAAGAACUUAAAACUUAAUAGUUAAAUAACUGAAGAAGCUAUUAAAAACUCACGGAUAGACAUAAAUAACGUCUGUGUCUUUUGAACCAAACAACCGAUUGAUCAAUGGAGCGCCGAUUCAUCUUUUAU